AUGUUCAUUGUUUAUUAUGCUCCUGUUACAGCCAAACCCUCUCCCCCCGAGGUAUCAGGCCCCACGGGGAGGUCCACACCUGGGCAGACAGUGAACUUCACCUGCAAGUCCCACGGCUUCUCCCCCAGAAACAUCAUCCUGAAAUGGUUCAAAGAUGGGAAUGAGCUCCCAGCCUCCCAGACCACCGUGGACCCAGAGGGAGACAGCCCUUCCUACAGCAUCUCCAGCACAGCCACGGUGGUGCUGGCCCCGGGGGAUGUUCGCUCCCAGGUCAUCUGCCAGGUGGCCCACGACACCCUAAAGGGAGACACUCCUCUUCGUGGGACUGCCAACUUGUCUGAGAUCAUCCGAGUUCCGCCCACCGUGGAGGUUACCCAACAACACACAGUGUCAAAGAACCAGGUGAACGUCACCUGCCAGGUGAAGAACUUCUACCCCCAGCGCCUACAGCUGACCUGGUUGGAGAAUGGAAACGUGUCCCAAACAGAAACGGCCUCGACCCUCAUAGAGAACCAGGAUGGGACCUAUAACUUGACAAGCUGGCUCCUCAUGAAUUUAUCUGUCCACAAAAAUGCUGUGGCGCUCACCUGCCGGGCAGAGCACGAUGGGCAGCCUGCGGUCACCAAAAGCCUCACCCUGGGGGCCUCUGCUCACCAGGACAACAGGGACAAAGGUAAAACCCAGGGAGAGGUACAGUCUACUCAACUCCUCGCAGCUGUCCUCCUAAGCUUCAAGGUGCUGCUGGCGGUUGGUGCCUCUGCCAUCUACGUCCACAGGAAGCGGACGGCCUGA